GGCUCGAGCGAAGGCCCGCCGCCGGCGCCAGAUGGCGUAGACGCGCGGGCCCACGGCGGGCACCUCGCGCCCCCCUGGAGCGCCCCCUCCCCAGACGGCGCAGGGAUGGCGUGGUGGGGCGGUGGUUCUCCCCGCCACGGCGGCCACGUGGCCUACUCGCCGGUGCCCGUGGCGGACGGGCUGGGGCCGCCUGGGGUUACAGCUGUCCGAGGCCCAGAACUCGUGGGCCAAGACGUCGUCGAGGACUGCUGCGACGUGCCGUGCCACACCCGGGGAUGCAUCGGACCCGACUGGGCUGCCCAGUCGGCGGCUCUAUAUCCACGCUCCAGUUCGUGGGGCCCGGGAUUGGAGACUACAGGCAGGAAACGACGUACAGGUUCGUCGGCGGGGGCACGGGCGACUGGGGCCUCAUCCGGAUACCCGGGGCGUCCCGCUGCAGUUUCUGCUGCUGCCUGGGCCUGGCCGUGCCAGCGGUGCUUUGCCUGCUGUACUUUCUCCUCGCCGCGUGGCUGUGGGCGCCGGGCACCACGACCACCACGACCACAACGCAGCCCCCGACGACAGAGGCGCCCUACACCUGCGAUGGCGACCCUGGUGGCUGGACGCUCGGCCGUAAGAUGUGGUGCUGCACGCGUCGCGGCAAGGGCUGCCCGCCACCGCCAGAACCGGAGACCACGCCCGAGCCUCCGCCCCCACCACCCCCUCCACCGCCGCCUCCGCCGCCGCCUCCGCCACCGCCCCCGCCCCCGCCUCCGCCCCCCCCGAAGCCCUCGCCGCCCCCUCCACCCCACCACGACUGCAACGCCGGCAUCGUCCUGCAGUGGGCGGUCGAGAAGAAGGUGUUCUGCUGCCUCAGGGAGGGCAAGGGCUGCCCGACCACGCCGCCACCGCCGCCCCCACCACCCCCCAGGCCACCUCCACCUCCGCCCCUGCCGCCUCUGCCGCCAGUCACGACCCCGCCACCGCCCCCGCCCGAGCCCUCCCCGCCCUUCGACUGCCAAGCUGGCCUCUCCAACUCCGAGGCCGGCUGGUCGCUGGCCAAGAAGGCCUACUGUUGCCGGGAGCAGUCGCUGGGUUGCCCGCCGGCCUCGCUGCCCUUCGACUGCGCCGCGGGUCUCGCGAAUUGGGACGAGGGGUGGUCCGACGAGAAGAAGGCCUGGUGCUGCCAGCGCGAGAACCGCGGCUGCGCCGCGGCCUCCACUUCGACGUCGUCGACGGUGACGUCUGUCACCACGGAGCCCUUCGACUGCGGCCUGGGGCUGGACGACUGGGAGGCCAGCUGGAGCGACUUGAAGAGGUCGUGGUGCUGCGAGAACAAGGAGUUGGGUUGCAGUACGUCCAGCACAACCACCACGACGUCGUCCACGUCUUCGACGACCAUUACUGAUGCCUUCAACUGCGGUGCAGGCGUGGAGAAUUGGGAGGACGGCUGGUCCGCGAUGAAGAAAGAGUGGUGUUGUACGACCCAGCAGGUCGGCUGCGCAGGCGACAAGCCCACGGCGGCGCCCCCUGACGUGGGCGACAAGCCCACGGCGGCGCCCCCCGACGUCCCGCAGCCCGCUUGACCGAGGCUGCGCUGGGCGGUCUGGCAGCGAGCUCGUGUCCGGAGGCGCCUGGCCAUCCUGCCCGAUGUCCUCCGGGAGGAGAGGAGGG